AUGUUCGAGGUUCGUAAAUUUUUCGGUGAACACACAUGCUCAUUGGAUGUUCGACAUAAAGAUCACCGUCAGGCAUCCCCAUGGCUUAUUGGACAUGUCAUAAGGAGAAAAUUUGAGGGUAAUGAUGUUAAUUACAAGCCAAGGUCAAUUGUAAAAGAUAUGAGUUUAUCAUAUGGAGUUCAUAUGAGCUAUGCUAAAGCUUGGAGGUGUCGAGAGCAUGCAUUAGCUUACAUAAGAGGUACACCAGAAUCAUCAUUUCAGAAACUUCCCUCAUUUCGCUACAUGAUGGAGCAAAAAAAUCCUGGAACUGUUACUCAUUUGCAGAUGGACAAUGAAGGUAGGUUCAAAUAUUGCUUCAUGGCCUUAGGUGUUUCUAUAAUGGGGUUUAAAACAUAUAUUCGCCCAAUUAUAUGUGUAGAUGGAACCUUCUUAACUACUCGGUGUGGAGGUACUUUGUUAUGUGCCAUGGGACAAGAUGCUAACAAGCAAAUAUAUUCAAUUGCAUUUUCAGUAGUUGACUCAGAGAAUAAUGACUCAUGGUUGUAUUUUCUACUAAGGUUGAAGGAAGCGAUUGGUGAAGUAGAGAAUCUAGUAUUUGUGUCUAAUAGACAUACUAGUAUAGCAAGUGCCUUGACUAAAAAUUUUCCUGAGGCACACCACGGUGCUUGUAUACAUCAUGUUAGCAUGAAUAUCCGUGCGAAGUUCAAAACUGACCAUUGUCAUGAAGAAUUCUUCCUUGCCGCGGAAGCUUAUAGAAAGCAAGAGUUUUUAUGCCAUUGUGAGAAGAUUAAACGCAAAGAUCUUGCAAUUGCUCAAUACUUAGAGAAUCAAGUGGGUUUUGAAAAGUGGGCUCUUUCCUGGUCAUCGAUAUAA